AUGAUUGCUUUUCUAGCGUCGGCUCUCCAAAGCUCAGGCGAGGCUGCCUCGAGGCUGAGGACGACUGACGACGGGCGACUGCUGCUGAACAGCGCGCAUUGUUCUGCUCGCUCGCCGCCACCACCACCGCCCUUCCCACAUGCGUUCCUCGCCUCGCCUAGCUCGAUUGUUCAAAUCCAGCUCCGGCGUCGUGCGCUCAUGCAUAUUGCUUCCAACCGCCCUCUCCCUCCCGUCUGGCUCGCUCUCCGGCUAGAUGCUUCCGAAGAGCUGCUGCUGCUCGCGAGUCGCCGCCUGCCCAGUCCUGGGGUUCCCUGGCCUCGCCGCGGCUCUGCUUUUCCGCCGCAGAUUCUGCUUCCCGUGUUCGAACUUGCGACAAAAAAGCUUUCCACCGUGUCGUCCGCCUCUUGCCCUCCCCCCCACGCCGCCAUCUCCUGCUCUGCUGCCGUCGCCCUCGACGCUCUGCUCCUCCGGCAUCCCCUUCUGCCACUGCCACCGCUUCGAGCCCCAGAUCUCUCUUGCCUGCCUCAGAAGCUCAGGAUACCGGAGUCUUUGCACCCCUCUGGACACCGUCUCCUCCUCUCCAUCAUCUUCUUGCCUCUGUCCGACUUUUCCACCAUCUUUACGGAAGAUCAGUAG